AAAAAAAUUGAGGAUAGGCACAUUAAAAGAUAUUUUGGUAGUAUUUUCAUAAAACUCGGGAUCGACUUGCAACCCAUUUUUUCAUGCCACUUGAAUUUCCUCGAGUUAAUCACACACAGGAUUCAAAUCACUUUUAAUCCUUCAAUAUAUAGGAAGCAUUAAGAUGCCUACUGCACUGCUAUAAGAGAAAAAAAAAUAAUACUAUUUUAAUUCAAGAUUCAAAUUUGUCAGCGAUGGAAACAAUCCACGAAAAAAGUGGUCAUGCCCACUGCAAGGAACAUGUCCAUUUCUCGGCCGAGCAGCUUAAGGACCACAAUCUGGAGAUCCAGAUCAAACAGCAGGAAGGGCAGGUGGACAUCCACCUGGGGUUCCUACAGAUCCACCAUCACUACCAUGUCAGCUUCUGCAUCAAGGACAGUCUGGGACAGGAAGUGUGCUACGACCAGAGGGAGAAUCUUCAUGUGGAGAUCCAGAAGGUUACUCCAACAAGUGAUGGUGAGGGACAUGAUAUUUCGCUGAAUUUCAAUGCUCACAGAGAGAAACUGCUGAACGAGGUGAUUCAUAUACAAAGCAAGGACGAGGAAAAGAAUCUGAAGAUUGUAAUCCAUGCACGAGUACUUGGUAAAGGGAAAGGAACUCCUGCCCUGAAGAAUGGAAUCAAAUGUUACAAAGUGGACACUGAUGAGGACUCGGACGCACACAGCGACUGGCAGGGAUUCUGAGCCCGGCCUCCCCCUCCCUCCUUCCCCCCAACCAUCAGGAGCCCACAGUCCUUCCUCUGUCUAUGGUGUGCUUAUGUAGAAUUUAACUGCCACGAAUAGUAUUGCCAACAAGUUUAUUAGUUAUAUUAUAUUAGAUGAGGAGUAUUUUGUAUAUACAUGUAUAUCGAUCAUGACAUUUUACUAUAAUCUUAAAAUUUGUAGAUUAUGAUAGAAAUAUUUAGAAUUAUGGGACAGGAAAUGUCCUGUAGUAUUAAUAUUUUCUUUUAAUUUAGAAGUACAUUAGUCUUUCAAAAAGACUUUAAUUAAAAAACACUGUAAUUGAUACAUGUAUUUAUUAAAUAAAUAACCAUAACAGAGACAAUUUUAACUAUGUGUGAAACCAGGUUUUUUAAAAAGACACACUUAAGUGCAAAAUUAACAGAUUUUUGUAAAUGGUUUUUGAAAACUGGUAAAUGCCCAGGAAUGAUUUUUGAAACACGUUAACAUAUUUCAAUAGAAAAAAAUAACAAAAGCCCCCCAAAAACCAAACCAAGUUCAUACGUGUGCAUUGUAUCUAGAUCUCAAAUGCUAUCAAUUUAUUCACUUUAUAUUAUAUAAACAGUAUGUAAAUGUAUAUGGCAUCAGGGAUUUAUAUAUACAUGUGUAUAUAUAUAUUGGACAGGUUCUCUAUCAAAUAUCUGUGAAAUACAGAAUGAUAUGGCAAUUUCAGCAUUUAAAUUGAUAUAAAAUUAUUAAUUAGGAAGUGUAUAUAGAGAAUGGCAAAUGAAAUGUACAGCGUUUGACAACUUAGCAACAAUUUAAUAUUUACCAAGACUUGUGAUGCAAUGAUUUUACAAAUUAAAUCAAGGCUUGUAGUUUUUAAAUACCGGUAAACCCCAUUCAAUCAAAACCCAACGAUAUGUAAUUUACAUGUACAUAUGGAUUAAUUGAUUCGUAAACAAGUAACUAAGAAUGAUGUUACAAUAAUUACUGUGCGUAAUUCUCUGUGUAAACUUUACAUGUAAUGUAAUGAAUGAAUAUCGAUCAUGCAAUACUUGUAGUCUUCAACUACUUCUUAAAUUUAUUAAAUGGUAGCAUGAAAAAAAAACAAAAACUUUUGCAUUGAAAAUCAAAAUACAUGUAUAUGUGAAAACUGCUGGUGAGCUGAGCUUACAUGGUAAAUUCUUCUGCAUGGUGAAUUAGAUUUUUUGUGAAAAAAAUCCUGUAACUUUUAUGGUACAUUAAAGAAUUAUACAUGUAUUAACAGUUAUCACAUGCAAACUAAUUAAAGUUUGAUGUUUCCAAUCGAAGCAGAAGUGCAUUUGGAACAUCAAAUUUUAAAUAGAUUGUCACACACGUAUUAGAUGUGCGUUAUACAUGUAUGAUUGCAAAUGGAUACUUGAAAUUAUUUCUUUUUUUGGGGAGAGGUAUGUUGCAUUCCAUUCGUUAUGGAUGCAAUUUUUCUUCUUCUUUUUCAUUUAUUUUUGUAUUGUAUGAUCAUAUCAAUUUUUCUGUUAAAGUAAUUGUGGGAAAAAAUGUUUUUAAAAUUUCAAAUGUAUUGAUUAAAAAAUCUUUGAAGUUUUCAAAUAUUUUAAUACAUGUAUACUGAUAACCAAGCAAAUUAUGCAUACUACAUUGUGGCAGUGCAUGGAAAAUAAACAAUUUAUCAGUCACUGGUGUUAAAAUGUAACAUUGUUACUUGCUUGCAUUUUACUUAUUUACAGAUUUCAGUUUAUACUUGUUUACCGGUAUAUAUUAUUUUAUAAACAUUUAAGUUCUUUUUGAUAGUUUUAUUUUUAAUUUGAGUGAAUUCUGUAUUCAUGCAUGUUGUUUCCUUAUAUUCAAAUACAUGUACAUCAUUAAGUGAUAUGUAUCAAAACAAAAAAAGUCUAUGCACAAAUCUUUACACAACAAGCUACAACGGCUUUAUGAGUUUAUAGAAGCUUUUACUGUUAUUAACCCACCUCAAUUGUGCGGAUCCCAAAAAUUUUUCCCAGGGAUAAUUAUAUACUGGUAUGUUUGCCAGAAGGGGGGGGGGGGGACCACAACCUUUUUAAAUGAUUUUACCAUCUGAAUUUGAUAAGUUUGAAUUUUUCAAUUUGGGACCUACACUCCACCCUCCCUCCCCUCCAGAUAUGGGCAAUGACAAUGAUGUGAUUUAUGAUAUUCCUGCUAAAUAACCUUAUAGGCAGCUGUCCAGUGGAUCAAUUUCUGAAUUAUCUUUGGGUGGUGGGUUGAUAAGAUAAAAAAUGUAAACCUUUUUUUGUAAAUAAUUCUUUUUGGUAUAUGUAGAUCUGUUGAUGUUAUUUAACAUUUGUUAUUGAACAAUGUUAUCUGGUUCGCUGUUGUGUACUAGUAUAUAUUCAGAAAAUCGAAACUUAUCCAUGUGUUUUUUAUUUUACUACUAACAUAGGUAAUUAGAUGUUAGUGAAAAAAUUACAAAGGGAGGAAGGGUUUGUUAGAUCGAUUCAUAUUCUGGGAAGAAGAUGAUUUGUAUACAAAUGUAGCUCCACUGUUCAACAUGGUUUUAAUUUAUUGUUAGUCUUAGAGUUACACUGUAGAUGGUACAUAAACAAUUUAAAAUACUGAUAGCUUUUAACAUAAGCUUGAAAUUUAUUCAUAAAAUAUACUAAAGACCGAAUAUAUUAUCUCGGUAAUUGGAUAAAAUCCUGUAGCCAAGCUAAAUUUAAUAUCCGAGUAUAAAUGAAUGUUUUAGAAUGUAUAUUAUAAUUUAUAAUUUUUUAAGUGGAACUUGAGCAAAAAUUGUUCUUCACUAUAAAGUAUAGUAUGCAAUUUUUAGAUAAAAAAUUAAUACCUUAGACUACAUGUUAAACAUUUAAAGCUAUGAUAUAAAAAUAAUGUUGGUUUUUCUUCUUCUUCUUUUUUUUUGGGGGGGGGGGGGGGUUGUUUUUGAAUUUUUUUCUCCCUAAUUUCAUUACAGAGUUUGCAUUCUUUAUGUUACUUUAUAAAUACUAGUACUCUAGAUCUACUUGUGCUUCAUGUUUAUGUUGAACAGUAUUUAUUUAGUAUAUUAUAGUUAUUUUCAGUGUUUGAACUACAUUUUAAUGUACUUUGGGGAAUGAUUUUUUUUAUGUUGGUUUGGAACUUGUAGCUGAUUAAACUCUGAAUUUGAUAA